CGCUGCGUUUGCUUUGGCGCUUACAGCGCUCGCAGCAUCACCUCUCUCAUCCUUGUUUAUCAAAUGUUAAACAAGGACGAAGCUUAUGAACGUUGUAACCGCCAAAAUCGACGCAUCCGUAUUCCGUAGGACAACCGUCUAGAGAAGCAUUUUAUCAACGAAGGAGGAAACAAUAGAGCUAGUUUUAUAGUUUGUCUGACAAAAUCAUUAGAUUAUUUUCAUUAUGGACAAGAAUAAGAAGCAAAAGGUCUCUAAUUCUGAUAGAGAUUAUAAUUCAUUCGAAUUAUCUUCAUCUGAAUGUGAAACGCCGUCGAAAACUUCAAAUCUCCAAGCAGUAAAGGCUAUAACCUUAAGGCCAGGCCAGCCAAGACAGAUUCAAGAAAAGCCAUUAGGAAAACGAAUUAUACGAAUGGACACACCCAACAGUCAAGGAAGAACUUCCUCUUUGCCAUAUAAAAUCAUUUCGAGAUCGGAACCCGUAGUCGUCAAUCAAAAAAGAAAAGUUCCCUCAGACGAAUCAGGAGAAGAAGACGAGAAUCUAGGUGAGGACGAUGCUGACGUCGCUCCUGAUGUUUUCUCUCCAGAGAAAGAAAAGAAUGUUCCUCCAGAAUCCUCUAAAGAAACUGUUACUUCCGAAGAAAUCAAAUGGUACCCGUAUAAAGACACCGAUACAGCUGAGGGAAAGAUCACAAAGCUUUAUCUUCGAGCUCUGUCUGAUGCAGCUUUUAAUGAAGUUGAAGUUUUCAGAUUUCUAUCUGUAGCCGAAGCUAAUCAUAAGAACAUUAGUUGCGAGAAAACAAUCAGAGUAUGGAAAAGAUUGAGCACCGUAAUCACCACGUGCUCUCGACUUGAACUUAAUGAAGUUGCUUGUGAUAUUGCUUCCUAUUUGAGAUAUAAUCCAGAGUCACUUUCUCCCUAUUUAAAAUGCUUUGGAAGAGUCAUGCCUCACAUCAAACCAACAUCUGACACUCCGACAAAUAUUGAAGGGAAACAGAUAACUGUUAUCUCUACUUUAGAAAUACUAUUAAAAAUUAAAUCUCUUCAAGACGAGACAUUAAAAUAUAUUAAAGAACAAAAACAGGACUCUCCAAGUCUUGUCACUUUACACAAGAUGAUGGAAUCUAUACAAGCCAAACAAACUUUUAUGAUCUCAAAAUUAGAUCUUACGUUCUCACGGUUACCAGGACCAAGUCAACAACUAACCAUUCCAACGGUUUCAAGUCUUGGGGUCACAGUACCACGAACCAUUCAAGUGAAGAGACCAACAUAAGAGAUGAAGAUACAGGACCUUACAGAAUCAGGUCAUUCAUCCGGCAGCAGUUCGAGAAAUGAUUUUGAAUCUGAUCAAGAAAAAUUAUUAAACAAGAUUGUCACCCAACCUAGAAGGCCUUUAUUCUAGAAACAGGAGUUGUAAAAGAUUCAAGAUUCUAAAAGAACUGUGUCAGGGAAUCUCAAACGUUACCAAUAGACUUAAACUUAAUUCUUUUAAUUGCUAUUUUUUUAAUUACAUAUCAAUAAGUGCCAAAUAUGCAAAACUAUAAUCUUUAACGAAAUGAAAAUACUUAGUUUGUUAUGUUCAUUCUUUCAAAAUUUACAUUCGAGUUGAUUUAUUUUUAUUUUAUUUUAUGGAAUAUAUAUAUAUUUUAAGUUGUCUACUUGACAAAUAAAUAUAGACAACGUAGAUAAAACGUAAACAGAUAGAUAUAAGUACGUAUUAUACGUUAAACAAUAGAUGUAUGUAGCCGUAUAGGAGAAAACAAGACUAUAUAAAGCUUUUAUAUUUUUCAUAACAAAAAAAAUAGAGCGAAGAUUAUGUUACUUUACCCAGCGAUGUAUUGCAUGCUUGUAUACACGCUAAAUAUGUACAAUUUGGCUAAUAAACUGAUUUAACUGUAGAAUAAACAA